CCAUCCCUGGUUUGUAAUCAAUGACGAUAUAAACAAUUUGAGAAAUUACUGCAGAAAAAUACCUAAAUUAAAAAUUUCUCAAAUCCAUUAAAACAUGACGGAUCCCUGGUCGGUCCAAGGUACAAAAGAAGUUAUACGACAAGAUAAUUCCACAGACAAGUCCAAAGAAAGUACUCCAACUGAAAGUCCUGAUCCAAGAAACGAUUCCCAAACUUUGGGGUUUGAGGAUAGUUUCAUACAAGAAAAAGAUACAAAUUCAAACACAUUCGAAGCUCCUAGUGCUGAAGAUUCUUCCAAAGAAGUCGUUGGAUCUCAACACCAACCUCUCCCUGAUUCGGAAACAUACUUGCAGAGUUUAGAACGUAAACUUGAAAAACUAAAAAAAGGUUCAAAGCUUGUUGACGCUUUAGCGGAAAAGCGGGAGGAUUGUCUGCGCUCUAUGCUGCAGAAUAAUUCCAGCCAGGGAUUAAAUAAUGAUAUAUUGCUAGAGUUAGAAGCUAGCAUUACCAAUACUGAUUCAGCUGUACAAAACUUGUAUCGUCAAUUACAACCCGUACAACCGGUAACUGUUGGAGAAACUGUACAUAUUGUUAAAUACGAUCAAUUGGACGAGCAACGUUUGGUGCAAGAAGCAGCCGAAGAACUGGAUGAAAAUUUGCCAGCUAGUCGUUAAUUUUAUUAUUAGAUAUCCCGUUGGUCAAAAAGAUAACAAUGAAUUCCCCUUUUGGUGAAGUUUUUAUGUUUCUUACUAAUUUAGCCUGGAAGAGUCGCUUAACCAUACCAGUUUUGGUAACAACUGCAUUUUUAAUUAUGGAUAUACGUUUACAGAUUGAGAUAAA